UCUUCUUCUGGAAGCGAAAACCCUAGCCUCCCCCGCAGUCAGGUCAAUCAUGGGAGCUUACAAGUACGUGUCUGAACUAUGGAGGAAGAAGCAGUCCGAUGUGAUGAGGUUUUUGCAGAGGGUGAGGUGCUGGGAGUACCGCCAGCAUCCAUCCAUUGUUCGUGUCACCAGGCCGACUCGCCCUGAUAAGGCUCGCCGUCUCGGGUACAAGGCUAAGCAGGGUUAUGUGAUUUAUCGUGUCCGUGUUAGGCGUGGUGGCAGGAAGAGGCCAGUUCCCAAAGGUAUUGUUUAUGGUAAGCCCACAAACCAGGGUGUCACUCAAUUAAAGUUCCAGAGAAGCAAGAGGUCCAUUGCAGAAGAGCGUGCUGGGCGAAAAUUGGGUGGUCUUAGGGUUCUCAAUUCAUACUGGAUCAAUGAGGAUUCCACUUACAAGUACUAUGAGAUAAUCCUGGUUGAUGUGGCACAUAAUGCCAUCCGGAACGAUCCAAGAAUUAACUGGAUCUGUAAUCCUGUCCACAAGCACAGGGAGCUUCGUGGUCUCACUUCUGCUGGGAAGAAAAACAGGGGUCUGCAUGGAAAGGGUCACUCGCACCACAAGAAUCGGCCUUCUCGCAGGGCUACCUGGAAGAGAAACAACACUCUCUCCCUUCGUCGCUACCGUUGACAUUAGGAAAGUUUUUGGUCUUACCAUUUUCCAGAGUUUGUUUGGAGAACAUAGCUGUCACUUUGAGUUUGAAUUACUGAAUAUCGAAAUUUUUGGAUUUUUUUUUAUUUAGUGGUUCUGUACCUUCAUCAAUUAAUAUAAUUUGCGUUUGAGA